CCCCAAUCCUUUGUCUAUAAAUACAUACAAAUUAUAUAUACUACAUUCGCAUAUCAGCACUUCACAUUCUCUCUUCCCCCGGCUCGGGCACAUUGCCACAUCCCAUUACUUUCCCAGGGUUGCUUGCUGGAUCAAAUUUCUCCUUAUUGGGACCUGCAUGGUCUUGUUGGCAAUCAGUCUGGUUCGACUGAUUGCCAAAACAGCUUACGAGUCCCCAGAGAGAGUUGAACAUGAGUAGAGCCCUAGAGGGGGCACAUGGACUGCAUCUGGUGCCUCAUUCACCGUUUGAAUUGGAAGAGAUAAAUCAAGAUGGGGUGUUAUACCAGUCAACUUGUGAAAGUAUGGCUGUUGGAGCUAAUCGGAGGUUAACAGUGCAGAGAGUUUGGCAGAAAAGACCUGGGUGUCUGAGGCCCAUCCAGUGUUGUGUAAAUGGCGACAAGAAUGUUGCAGAAACAGUUGCUAAUGUGCUUACUUCACUUCCAUUUAUUGCUCUUGGAAUGCAGGCUCCAAGGAAGAAUCUGAAUUGUAAGAUGUAUGCUAAUUCGUUGAUUGGAGUUGGAGUUACCUCAAGUUUGUACCAUGCCUCAAGAGGAAAACUAAGGAAGUAUUUGAGGUGGGCUGACUAUGCAAUGAUAGCAACAGCAACAGUGUGUCUGUCAAGGGCACUCAGGAAUGAGAAUCCAAAGUUGCUGAUGGCAGCAUCAGCUUUGGUUCUACCCAUCAAGCCUCUGAUGGUCACGGCUGUUCACACUGGGAUGAUGGAGGUUGCAUUUGCGAAAAGAGCAUUUCAAGAUCCAGACCUGAGGAUGACCCACAAUGUGCAUAAGAUGUCAUCACUCUUAGGAGGUGCACUUUUCAUAGCAGAUGAUUUCUUCCGUGAAACUCCAUUCCUUCAUGCUGGCUGGCAUGUUGCUGCUGCUGUUGGAGUUAGUACCUGUAACAAGCUUCUCGAUUAAUGUAGAUAUUCUAUUAUCCAAUUUGCCGAAAAUGCCUGGAUCUCUUAUGCAGAAACCAACACCACAUCAAGCUUCAACCUGUGACAAUAUAUAUAAAGAAGAAAAAGAGGGAUGUGCUAUCUCGGGUCAGCUUAUUCAAAUUCAAAUGUUGACCCAUAUUGGGUUACUCAAAACUCUAUCUAAGUAAAGUAUGUUUUGAGUGAGGUGGUUCAGAAAUGGAAAAUUAGCACAAGUUAGAUUGAACUGUAUGUAUACCAUAAACCAAUGGCAAUGUCCGUUGCCUUGUAUCCUGGAUAAGCAAUGAUGAGGAAAACUGGAGUUCAUCCAAGUGUUUGAGAUUCUUUUUAAA